UUUUUAAAUAAAAAAAAAUUAAAAUUUUUUUUUGAAAGAUAUUUUAUGUGUACUGAAGUUAGUCAAAAUAAAAGAUGGCGGUCGUGAAGUUGGAGUUGAACGGUGAGAUAAAUAAUUACGACGAGAAUGUCGUGGCCGCUCAGGCUGUCCCCAGCGAAGAUGGCGUUAUCUGCAUCUCGGAUGACAAAACGAUAAAAGUGUGGAUAAGAAGGAGUACUGGUCAGUACUGGCCAAGUAUUUGCUACAAUCUGCCUGCUCGACCGAGCUGCAUGUCCUUCAAUGAAGACGAUCUUCAGAUUUUUGUUGGCCUAGAGAGUGGAGUUGUCAUGGAGUUUAAAGUGGCAGAAGACUACAACAAGUUGUCACAUGUAAAGAAUUAUGCUGGUCACACAGCUAAGGUAACGUGCGUGACCUACAUUUCGGCCAAUCAGCAAAUAGUUACCUGCAGUUCAGACAGGUGUGUCGUGUGUUUUUCAUGCCAGUCGGGUACCAUGCUGGCCGCUUACCAACACAUCAGCUUCUGCACAUCUCUACAAUACGACAGACGUUCAAGUACAGUUCUCGUUGGUGACACCGCUGGAAACAUUCUGGUUCUUCUCUGGAAAAACUCUAAGUCACUCAAUAAGAUUGCUAUCUUCAAGAAACACGACGGCACCAUAAACGAGUUGCUGUUGAUGAGUGACGAUCGCCGAAGUGUGCUUCUGUCAGCAGGGCAGGAUGGAUGCAUCGGCGUUCAUCAGCUGGACGACGAGGCCUUCAAGUCGUCUCUCAAGUUGACCGGACACAGUGAGUCAGUUCUUUCCAUGCAUUACUGCGCAGACCAUCAUCGUUUGCUCUCCAUUGGCAGUGAUAAGUUGAUUGCAUCAUGGGAUCUCAAGACACACAGGAAGCCACCAGGUGAAUGGAGAGAGAGUGACGCCUGUGAGGUCUGUUCCACUCCAUUCUACUGGAACUUCAAACUCAUGAUUGAGAAGAAGGUGCUCGGCGUUCGACAGCACCACUGCAGACACUGUGGUAGGGCAGUGUGCAUGAGUUGCUCCAACCAGACCAUCCAGAUACCCAACAUGGGCUUUGAGCAACUCACUCGAGUCUGCCAGGCUUGUCAUGAAACCGUUCUCAACGAAAAACAAAAGUCCCAGAUGGUCUUUAGCGUUCUGCCCCUGGCCUGCAAUUACGUACACUGUGAUGAAUCGAAAGAACUCAUCGUCACCUCCUCUGGCAAGCUCGGCGUCAUCCAGAUUUGGAAUGCGAAGAGCUUACUGAUGAUGGGGUCAUCCCCGUCGUGAUGAAUGUCUAAGGGAUCUGCCGGUCGUCAUCUGCUGUGAACUAAUGAGAGUCGUCCUGCUGCCGUUGCUGUUACUGUUGUUAAUGUUAUUUUUUAUUAAUUACAAUUUCUACGUAACGUAAAUAAUAGUAAUAAAAAGUAAUCAUAAUAUUAUUAUUUUUACUAUACGAGUAUAUUAAUUUGUAGAAAUUGAACUAUAUAAAUGUGAUUGGUUGGCUGAUUGAAUGAUUGGUUGAUAAUGAAUUGUAAAUAGUAUAUAUAUCUACAUAAUUCCAUCUGACAAUCGUAAUCAUAAACUUCUAACAGCAAAAUAUACUCUUGAAGAUUUCACUUUUUUCAACUGUGCAUUGUGUAAAUGUAUUUUUUGCGUUACAUCAUUUGCCUCACCGCUGAAGAUUAAUUCAUUCAUUCAUCGUGUCACACCAUGUGGUUAUAUCAUUAUGUAUCAAUCAUUAAUAACUGUAAAACAUAUUAUAUUGUAUUAUCAUAUAAUAUUUAUACUGAUCAUAAUAUAUUAUUUUACCAUAUAAUAUUUAUACUGAUCGUAAUAUAUUGUGUUAUUAUAUA